AUGAGCCCCUGGUGCGACGUUCCUCAAGCAGAGAAGGGAGCUAAUACAGAAGGUCGCGAUGACUUGGAAGCAUGGAUAGAUGGCCAUGCAUCCGGCGACGGUCCCCAUGUUCUUUCCUACCCUGCCACAGUGAUUGAUCUCUACAACGAGUCGUACAACAGCCGAUUUUUGAUGGGAACGAGGAGUGCCUUCAUCGUGUUCACGGAAGCCCUGUUCGACGUAGCACUGUUCACUCUUGGGUUCAGCUGUUCCAUGAACAGAGUGCAAAAGAAACAAGAGAAAAUGAGCCGGCAUUUAUGUUGUUACGCUGUAUCUACAUCGAAGCCCGGCAUACUGUCUCUGAUAUAG